AUGGGGUUUUCUCAAAAAUGGGUGUGUGGUUUGGCCCUUCUCAUGAUCUUGGUGUUGAAUUUGAGUGGGGAGAUUCUUGGUGAUGAAAGAGUUGACAAGGAGGGUUGGAGAGAGGAUGAUUGCAGGUAUAGCCGGCGCGGCUGCUACGGCCGUGGGAGGGGCGGAGGUUAUGGUGGGGGACGUGGAGGAGGCGGAGGCUUUGGUGGUGGACGUGGUGGUGGAGGUGGACUAGGUGGUGGUGCAGGAGGAGGCGGAGGCCUUGGUGGUGGACGUGGUGGUGGAGGUGGAGGUGGACUAGGUGGUGGUGGUGGAGUUGGAGGGGGUGGUGGACUUGGUGGAGGAGGAGGAGGAGGAGUAGGGGGAGGUUCCGGGAGUGGAGGAGGAUUUGGAGCUGGAGGUGGGGUUGGUGGGGGUGCCGGUGGAGGAGGGGGACUUGGAGGGGGUGGAGGAGGAGGACAAGGUGGUGGAGGCGGGAUCGGGGGUGGUUCUGGCUCGGGUGGAGGGUUUGGAGCGGGAGGUGGUGUUGGAGGCGGAGCGGGUGGAGGUGGAGGUCUUGGAGGGGGUGGAGGAGGAGGACAAGGUGGUGGAGGCGGGGUUGGGGGUGGUUCCGGUUCCGGUGGAGGGUUUGGAGCGGGAGGUGGUGUUGGAGGCGGUGCAGGUGGAGUAGGUGGAGGAGGUGGUGGUGGGGGUGGAGGCGGAGGUGGAGGAGGUGGUUUAGGGGGAGGAUCUGGCCAUGGUAGUGGAUUUGGUGCCGGUGGAGGUGUUGGUGCCGGAGGUGUUGGCGGUGGUGGAGGUGGAGGCGGAGGAGGUGGUGGCGGUGGAGGAGGAGGUUUAGGUGGUGGUUCGGGGCAUGGUGGUGGGUUCGGUGGUGGUGCUGGUGGAGGAUUAGGAGGCGGAGCUGGUGGUGGCCUAGGAGGUGGAGCUGGCGGAGGGCGCGGUGGAGGAGUUGGUGUAGGUAUCGGCAUUGGGAUUGGCGUGGGAGUAGGUGGUGGUUCCGGCUCAGGCACCGGCGUUGGGGUAGGCAGCGGCUCCGGCGGUGGAGGUGGCCGAUGA